AUGCCUGAGAAGGGAACUCCUGAGUACAAAGAGCUCGAAUCCAGCCCUGAUACAGUUUUCUUGAAAACAAUUACUGCUCAGCUGCAGACAGUGCUUGGCAUUGCCCUCAUUGAAAUUCUGUCAAGGCAUUCUACUGAUGAAGUGUAUUUGGGGCAGAGAGACACUCCUGAGUGGACAGUGGACACAGAACCAUUGAAAGCCUUUGAUAAAUUUGGAAGUAAACUGGCUGAAAUUGAGGACAGAAUUACAAGUAUGAACAAUGAUGAGAAACUGAAGAACCGAGUUGGACCGGUGAAGAUGCCAUACACUUUGCUGUUUCCUACUAGCGAAGGAGGACUGACUGGCAGGGGAAUUCCCAACAGUGUCUCAAUCUAA